UACACAGAGAUAACGCGAUAGUGUCGGCAGGUGUCUAGUAGAGACGGUCCUGCCAGCGGCCGCAGUAGCUCGCCGAGUACGAAGCUCGCCAGCCGACCACACGCGACACGAUGACGGAACAGAAACCAGAACAAAAACGAUUCUCGCGCAAGGAGAUCUCCGAGCGGAACACCAAGAAGGAUGCGGUGUUCAUCAUCGACAACCUGGUCUACGACGUGACUAAGUUCCUCGACGACCACCCCGGCGGGCACGAGGUGCUGCUCAACGUCAUCGGCAAGGACGCCAGUGAGGACUUCGACGAUGUCGGUCACAGCAUUGACGCCAAGGAGAUGAUGAAGAAGUACUGCAUCGGGGAGCUGGUCGACGAAGACAAGACAGAGAGCAAAAAGCAGAAGUCGCUCUGGAGCUCCUCUAGCGACAAUACUGAGGCAACGAAUGAUAGCUUCCUCAGUUCCUGGAAAUUCCCCGUGGUGCUGGGACUGCUGCUGACUGUGUUGUACUCGUAUGUUUUCGGUUAGCGGGCCUUCGCCUCGGAUCUCGCUCUCGCCAGAGACGAGAUGUGAAACUCUUUUGAAGUGAGUGACUUUUAUAUGAUGAAAAGAACGAUAUGUAUGAAUGCCAUGAUUGGAUUUUAUAAUUAAAACCAAUUUAGUUUAUAUAAUAUGUAAUUCAGAUAUUGUUUUCAUAUAGAAUUUUUGUACAAAA